UUUUCAAGUUUGGUCUCAACUCAGAAAACCUUAACCAACACGAUUGGCUACUGAAACAAGGACAUGAAAGACCCUUCAAUGUCUUUCACAUAAACUUGAAUCUUAGAUUUGCUCAAACACAAGGGCUCCAGGCAAAGAAGGAAAGCCAACUGCUGAAGCCUGAAGAUAAUGAUGAGAUAUAAAGAGGAAAAAGAUGCUAAGAAAGAAGCAUUUAGGAAGUAUCUUGAGUCCAGUGGAGCUGUUGAUGCUCUCACCAAAGUUUUGGUUGCAUUGUAUGAACAAAAUGAGAAGCCAUCUUCAGCCCUUGAGUUCAUACAACAAAAAUUAGGGGGUCCAACUAUAUAUGAAUAUGAAAAGCUACAAGCUGAGAUUUCAGAUUUGCAAACAAAGUACAAUGAGCUAUUGUGUAAGCAUGAGGAUGCUUGCAAAGAGUUAGAGGAGCUUAAGAAUAUGCAUUCUUCAGUUUCACCAUCGACAAAGGAGACUAAUGAUGGGGAGCCAUUGAAAGAUGAGCAUGUUGAGAAGAACUCAUGAAGCAGUUCUUCAUAUGGUUGUGAUCUACUUCUAAUGACUCAUUGUCUCUAUUAAUGUCUGUAAAAUAUUUGUUGAUUUGCACUUUGUUACUCAUUCUUGAUACCCCAUUUAUGGUCUGUGUGAGUUUAUCCGUGCAUUUGAAGGGAUACCUAUAUGAUAAUGUGGAUGAUUCGUUUUUAUUGUAUUUGCAGUGUAUAAAUUUAUAUUUAUUGUUGCUA